AAACACCAUCUUUUUCAUCAUCUAAUCUAUGGUUUCAUCAUCAUAUUCUUUAAAUAUGCAUAAUAUCCUACUACCAACAUGCAUAUUGAUUUUAUUUGCAUUGAUCAAAACAUCUUCGGGUCAACUUUCGGCCAACUUUUACGCUAGCUCAUGCCCUAACUUUAGUUCCAUUAUAUCAUCCGCGGUGAAUUCGGCUGUGUCAAAUGAAGCUCGAAUGGGUGCCUCGUUGCUUCGUCUACAUUUUCAUGAUUGUUUCGUUAAUGGAUGUGAUGCAUCAGUCCUACUUGAUGACACAGCAAAUUUUACAGGGGAGAAAACGGCAGGCCCAAAUAACAAUUCACUAAGAGGAUUUGAUGUUAUUGACACCAUCAAAACUCAAUUAGAGAGUUCAUGCCCGGGUGUUGUUUCUUGUGCAGAUUUAUUAGCCACUGCUGCCCGUGAUUCGGUUGUUGCUCUUGGUGGUCCGAGUUGGAACCUUAAUUUUGGAAGGAGAGACUCGACCACGGCUAGUUUGAGUGCGGCAAAUAACAACAUUCCUGCACCUACUCUGAACCUUAGUGGCCUCAUCUCAUCUUUUUCAAACCAAGGGUUUACUACUAAUGAAAUGGUUGCACUAUCAGGAUCACAUACAAUUGGGCAAGCAAGGUGUACAGUCUUUCGAAACCGUCUCUACAACGAAAACAACAUAAAUUCAUCAUUUGCUACAUCAGUAAGAGCAAACUGUCCUUCAAGUGGUGGUGACAACAAUUUAUCUCCAUUGGAUGCCGCUACUCCUACGUCAUUCGAUAAUGCUUACUUCAAUAAUUUAUUGAACCAAAACGGGCUAUUGCAUUCGGAUCAAGAACUUUUUAAUGGUGGUUCGACCGAUGCCCAAGUGAGAACUUACAGUUCGAAUCCUGCAACGUUUUCGACUGAUUUUGCGAAUGGAAUGAUCAAGAUGAGUAACCUUAAUCCAUUGACGGGAUCAAGUGGCCAGGUUAGGACCAACUGCAGAAGAACAAAUUGAUUAUUACUUCUAAUUGUCUUCUUGAUGCUGGAUUAUUAUUUAAUGGUUUGCAAAUUGUACCCUUUAGAAUAUUAUUGCUUAUUGUCUAUAAAAUUCGUCACCUGUUCCUGAUGGAUUAUUACAAUAUAUUUAAAUAUUGAAAGUGAAUGAAAAACAACUUAAUAAAUA